AGGGUAAAAAUCUCGUGCUUACGGUACCUGCAUCUCAUGAGGGAACGCAGAAGACGACAGAGGACACAGAUACUUUCUACUUCCAUUGUGUGAAGGCUUGGGAGCCAGUUCUAAAAGUCAGGCUGCAGAAAGUUUCUGAUAAGGAAGAUGACAAUAGCAAUUUAAGUGACACCUUAACAGUACCACUGAAAUUUCUCCCUGUUGGACAUAAAGUAAGAGUAACCCUCCCUGUAAGACAUAAUGUGCCACUGCAGUUGUACCUCCAACUAAAUGAUUGCACAGAUAAACUAGAUGUGCGCUUAGGGUAUGAUCUGUGCCAAGAAGAGCAAGAAUUCUUGCAAAAAAGGAAGAGAGUGGUUGCCAGUGCCCUAAAAACGGUUCUUCAUCUUGAAAGAGAUCUACAUGGACAUGAGGUCCCAGUAAUAGCUGUUAUGGCAACUGGCGGAGGUCUCAGAGCAAUGUCAGCCAUGUUUGGCCACCUCUUAGCUCUUCAGAAGCUAAAUCUGUUGGACUGUGUUACCUAUCUCACCGGGGCUUCUGGCUCAACAUGGACCCUGGCAGACCUGUAUGAACAUGCUGACUGGUCACAUAAGUCUCUGGAGGAGCCACUUAAGGCAGUAAAAGAACAAGUGACAAAAUGCAAGCUCAACCUUAUGUCUAUAGAUCAUCUGAAGUAUUACCACAAGGAACUCGCUGAAAGGGCAAAAGCAGGACAUGUCUCAUCUUUUACAACUCUGUGGUCACUUGUUCAGGAAAUGUUCUUACAUGAACAGCCAAGAAAGUAUAAACUCACAGACCAGCGCAAGGCAUUGGAGUAUGGACAAAACCCAUUGCCUUUCUAUGCAGUCCUCAAUGUGAAAGAAGAGAAGUUUGGCACUUUCAAAUUUAGAGAGUGGGCAGAUUUCUCUCCUUACGAGGUGGCAAUACCAAAAUAUGGAGUCUCCAUUCGUUCAGAAUAUUUUGACAGCGAGUUCUUCAUGGGAAGGCAAGUGAAGAAGCUGCCAGAAUCUCGGAUCUGCUAUCUGGAAGGUCUUUGGACAAACAUCUUUACUAGGAAUUUGCUGGAUGGCUUGUACUGGUCCUCAAAUUCAAACGAAUUCUGGGAACGAUGGGCCCAAGAUAUGGUAGAUAUGGAAAAACAUUCACCUGAGGAUGAUAUCACUGUCAUUGAGCCUCCAUCUUGUUUGCCAGGGAAGUUGUAUGAAAUGUUUCAGGACAUUGUUACCAAGCGUCCACUACUGGGAAAAUCUCAUAACUUCCUGAGAGGCUUAGAAUUUCAUAAGGAUUAUAUCCAUCAGAAAAAAUUUAUUGAAUGGAAAGACACUGUGCUGGAUGCUUUCCCUAACAAUCUGACGCCUCUGGAGAAAUAUCUUUGUCUGAUAGAUGUUGGCUAUUUCAUCAACACCAGUGGUGCAGCACUUUUCAAGCCAGAGAGGAAUGUAGAUGUCAUUAUAUCCCUUGAUUAUGGUUUGGGUAAUGUGUUCAAGCAAUUAGAGAUGACAUACAAAUAUUGCAAGACACAAAAGAUCCCAUUCCCCAAAGUGGAGCUAAGUCAAGAAGAUGAGGAGAACCCAAAGGAAUGCUAUGUUUUUGCUGAUGCAGAGGACCCCAGAGCACCCAUAGUAAUACAUUUCCCCCUGGUGAAUGACACCUUUAAGGAAUUCAAGGAGCCAGGGGUAAAGCGUGAUCACUCAGAGAUGGAAGAAGGAAAAGUAAAUCUGGAGAACAACUGCUCACCUUACUACCUCAUUAGGCUAAUCUACUCUUCUGAAAAUUUUGACAAACUUGUGAAUCUGAGCAAAUACAACAUCCUCAAUAACAAAGACCUGCUUCUUCAGGCAAUUCGGAGUGCUGUAGGACGGCGGAGAAGCAGCAGGGCUGGGAAUCUCCCCAGCUACUCUGCAGCUGGAUACUCCUAG